UUUUUCUUUUAAAAUAUUUAUAUUUUCAAUGUCUCGAACAGAACAACGUCAUCAACUUUUAGAAUUAUUAGGUGAAAAAAUAUCAGAGCCUGAAAGGACUGAUUUUAACCUUGAUAGAUGGUUGGAGGCUUAUGAUGAGGUAAAUGAUAAACCCCACGCAAUGCCUGAUAUUAAAUUAGUGGAUUCAGUUCGUCCUUUUGAGGAUGAAUUGAAAAAUAGAGUGGCCAGCUUCUCAAUUUAA